AUGGGCAAGUCGGUCGUGCUUUACCUAGAGGACGAUAUCAGAUGGAAUCAUGAAUUCUCGUCUCGUCCGGAGUUCAUCCGAGCUCUGAAGGAGCGCACGUUCGGCGACUUCCUUGCUGUGUAUCGACCAUUCUGGAAUACUGGAGGGGAGAAUGGAUCGACACUGCCGCUUUUGGCGAAGGAAGCCGCUCGCUCGCUGGAUCCAAAUCAAUUCGUUGACGCCAACAAGAACCUUGCGCCUAUCUCACUCAACCCCAGGGACCAUGCACUCGGUGUCAUUGGUUUUGGCCAGAUCGGUCGCUGCACAGCUGAGAAGAUCUAUCUUGCCUUGAUUAUGAAGAUGAUCUACCACGAUGUCGUCCAGAUGCCACGAGAGCUAGAGUCCGUCUCGGACGCCACAUACCACAAGAGCAUGGAUACACUCUUAACAGUGUCCGGCUGUGUCGUGGUCGCCACACCUUUCAGCGGCGAGACCCUCUUUUGA